AUGAGGUACAAGAACAAACCUCCUGACUUCGCUUUUCUGGCAUCCAAAUAUCCAGAAUUUAAGCAGCACGUGCAAAUUAACUUGUCAGGAAGAGUGAGUGUAAAUUUCAAGGAUCCACAAGCAGUGAGAGCCCUGACAUGUACGCUGCUGAAAGAAGAUUUUGGACUUCAGAUUGAUAUACCUUUAGAAAGGCUUAUUCCAACUGUUCCCUUGAGACUUAAUUAUAUCCACUGGGUUGAAGAUCUAAUUGCUCAGCAAGAUACUGCUACUAAAGGUUCUGUUACGUGGGGAAUAGACAUAGGUACUGGUGCAUCCUGUAUUUACCCAUUACUUGGUGCAACUUUGAAUGGAUGGUAUUUUAUUGCAACAGAAGUGGAUGAUGUGUGCUUCAGUUAUGCCAAGAAAAACGUAGAGCAAAAUAACUUAUCUGAUCUUAUAAAAGUGGUUAAAGUACCACAAAAAACAUUACUCCUGGAUGCCUUAGAAGAAGAGUCUGAAGUUAUUUAUGAUUUCUGUAUCUGCAACCCUCCAUUUUUUGCCAACCAACUAGAAGCAAAGGGAGUAAAUUCUCGUAAUCCUAGAAGGCCCCCUCCUAGUUCGGUCAAUACAGGAGGCAUAACUGAGAUCAUGGCUGAAGGAGGAGAGCUAGAAUUUGUCAAGAGAAUCAUUCAUGAUAGCUUGCAACUUAAAAAAAGAUUAAGGUGGUAUAGUUGUAUGUUGGGAAAGAAAUGCAGUUUGGCACCAUUGAAAGAAGAACUACGAAUCCAUGGAGUUCCUAAAGUCACCCAUACUGAAUUCUGCCAAGGUCGUACUAUGCGGUGGGCCCUGGCUUGGAGCUUCUAUGAAAAUGUCAAAGUUCCAUCACCUCCUUCUAAGAAAAGGAAACUAGAAAAACCUCGGAAACCAAUCACAUUUCUUGUCUUGGCAUCUACAGCCAAAGAGUUAGGUAUGAAAGCUUCAUCUGUAGGAAUCAAUGCUGUUGAAGGAUUAGGAGUGGUUGCAGCAUGGAUUAGAAAACUCCUCACUGACCUGAAGGUUCAGCAUAAAACACUUCCGUGUGGAAAAGAUGAGGUCAGCUUGUUUCUAACAGCUGUGGAAAAUUCCUGGAUUCACUUAAGGAGAAAAAAGAGGGACAGAGUUAGGCAAUUACGUGAACUUCCUCGAGCAUCUGAAGAUUUUCUGCAAUCAGCAGAAGAAAAGAAUCAGAAAACAUCCAGCAAUGUCUCUGAGUGUGAAGGAAAUGCAAAUGGGUCUACUGAAAAACCAUCUGAGGUACUUUGUCUUGAUGUUGAGUCAUCAGAGGGCAAUGGACUCAAUAAUGCACCUGCAGUUCAGGAGGAAAAUAUCCAGGGAUACACUGAGGAAAGCAGCAGCACAGAGGAACCAUCCUUUAUUUCAGAAUCCAAAGAUAAUUCCAGUAAUCAAAAUGAAGGGACCAAGACCUUUGCUACUGAUAUCCUGGCUCUUGAAACUGGAAAGAAUGUUAGUACUUCAGGGGAAUGGUUCCUUUUCAAAUGUGUAUUAAUUGUGAAGAAAGAAGGUCCUGAUAUUUUAAUAGAAAUGCACUGGAUUGGUGGACAGAAUAGAGACUUAAUGAAUCAACUGUGCACUUACCUAAAGAAUCAGAUGUUUCGUUUGAUCACAACUUAAAGACGUACAGAUGUAUGGAAGAAUUAUCCUUAUUUUUGUAAUCUUGCUUUUGUAUUUAAUAGCAUUCACAAUGGCACCUCUUAAAGGUAAUAGUUUCUAAAAAUGUCUGAAAUUUGAUGUAUUUAUGAUUAGUUAAAACAAAACAUGAUGUUAAAACAAAAAAUGAAUUGUGCUUACUUUCCACUGGAAUAAUUCAGAUUUAUGUUAUAAUUGUCUUUUCUUACUGAUUUCAGUGAGUCAUAAAUGUAACUAGCUUAAUCUGAAUCAUUUCCCUAUAAUCAUCACCUUUAUAAUCAUUACCUUUGUGUAAUAGAGUUUUAGUAUUUUUGUUUCAGUUUAUCUAUAAAAGAGCAGCUCUGUAAUAGCAUUAAAAAUGUUGUGAAAAA